GCUGUCGUAAACCAAUCGCAAUCAUACUCCCUCCUAUAUAAUGUCAUGGCAUACGUGGUCGUGACGCUACGCAGCAUCCAUCCUCCGAAGGUCGACAACGAUGCACACGUACAGUCGUCUUGCUUGCGGUUUCCUCGCUACCGUCGGCUGCGCGAUAUUAUUUCUAUACGCAGGAUCGCACUCCCGUACAGAAGAGCAGAAAGAAGUCCGCAAGAGGAGUAUCCUGACGAUCAUAUCACUUACCAACUCGAACUGCACGAGCAAAAAUACUCCAAAGCAAUACAAGACCGGGGUAGACUCAUUGAGGAGCUCGAACUGACGAACCAUCCCCCAUCGUGGAAUAGCACAUCCACACUGCUCAAAGUAUUCCCUCCUGCCUUCCAGUGUCUGCACGAGGUGUCGCAAGUGGGCCCCCACCAGAUAUGCGGACUCGGCUUGAUAGCGAAGCAACCGUCCUGUAUCGUCUAUUCGCUCGCAUCUGCGCGCGAUCUACGCGAACUGCAGGAUGGUCUGUCGCAGACGCUUGAACACUGCGAGGUUUUUGCAUACGACUUGUCACGAAACGGCUUCUCCCACAUCGCCCUGCCGGGUAAACAUCAGUCGGGCACUGACGAACGGAUGCUGGUCGUCUCCGACGUAGACUAUGAGAGGGAUACCGAGGAGGCGUACGUUUCGCCGUGGCAUCGUCUUCUGCGUGGAGAACACAAGUUCAUCGACAUCCUCAGAAUAAACCAUCCUGCCAGAGCCACUCUGUUCCAGUUCGCUAAUAUAGUACCUGCCAGGACAGGGCCGCUUGGCGAGCUCCCCGUCAAUCCUGCGCCGCGCCGCGUCGGACAGCUCAUCUGGAAGCUGCGCCUGGACGCGAUGCGGAGUGAUGGGACGCCUAUGCUCGGCUUCUCGGAGCUUAGGUAUUGGUGGGAGAUCCUGGAGUAUGCCGGACUCAGGCCAUUUGCGGCUGAAGUGGGCGAUGAUGGGUACCUCGAGUAUUCGUGGAUCAACAUUCGCGGCCCUCGUAGUCUCAUGAGAUCACUCACGGAGUUGUGACCACUUUUGGCAUACGAAAGCCUACAUUAUUUACUCCUAACAUCGGUGGCCUGUCUUUGCUCUUGAGAUUAUGACGGCAAGUUUGUGUUGCCUUCUGCCAGUACCCCUUCC